CUUGAUACCAAAUCCGUCGUCUUUGUGAUUGCUCACCAAUUUCCUUCGGUGUUUUCUCUGUUUCAGCUUGGGAAGUAGAAGCCCAGUACACGUUUAUUCCUACUUCAAAAAGGUAGAAUAUCGUGUUUUUUCAUUUUUAAUUCAUUUUGGCGAACACAGUCCAAACAGGGGAAAUUGAAAUAAGUAUAUGUCACGGCAGAUCUAUUUUUCGUCGACAAAUUGCUAGCUAGCCAAGUAGCAUUAGCGAAGAGAUCUUCAGCCAACGUUUCGGAGCAAAAAACUUUUUUCGCAACAUAACCUCACCUACAGAGUUAACUUUUGUUUUUAGUUUACAUUAAUACCGAUAUUUACUUCAGAUUACGAGAAAGGAAAUAUAACUUCCGAACUAUUUUCUCGUUCUUUAUUCCCCUUUGUGUGGAAUUGGGGGCGUGUGUUUUUCUUCUGCUUACAACCAGGAAGUGGCUGCUGCGCCAUUUUCAUACACUUUCCUGCGCCAUCUCAAAACUUCGAGAAGCACUCCUAGUAACCGACGAUAACACCUGGAUCGCUGGACACCUGAAGUAAGGCCAACAUCAAAGAAGAUUUUAAAACUGGACUGCUGUUGGUUGUCUGCGUUAAUGUGAACUCUCGUGCAAGAGACUCCUGAAAGUGGUUAUCGAUAGUGAACUAACGUUAGACAGUUAACUCAAUUUCAUUUCGCAUUAGUCAAUGUAUUAUUCCCUUAUAACGACUUUGAAGUCAUGCUUGGGGAAACAGUCAUUCAGUGUGUCGAAUCAAACCUCGACAAUAUCGAGAACAGCAAACCCUCGGGUUUGACAUCGCACCAUGCAGGGGCCAGUCUGAACAAAACAAGACAGGCUCUGCUGAAGAAAGGAGGCAGGAGAUUCCGUUCAUCUCCGGCGGGGUUGCAGGGGCGACACCAUCACUGCCCACAGCAGCAUCCGAAACACCCUGGCGUGCUAAGGAGCAACCCCACACGCUUCACAGACAUCAACAACAACACCGUUGUGGCCGGAUCAAAACCCCCUGUGCCGCCAAACACCGAGACUGCUGCUUCUCGUAUACAGGCCACGGUAUUAACACUCCACCAAUUCAAACAGGGAGCCAAAAAAGAGUUGCUGAAGACGAAGACUGGCAGGGGAGAAAAGGCACCCCAGCCAGGCGGCCAGUCCCUUCAUAGCUUCAGUAAACACGAGCAUACUGGCCAGAACCUGAACGCCCGCUGCCAGAAGAACAAGCACAGUAAUGCACUUGGCAGCGUUCCAUCAGGCAAGAGAAAUGACAACAGCUGCCGCCAGAAGCCUUCCUCGCCCCUCGAGCUCUACCGCAGAGGGGGGAAAAAGCCUUUGAACCUGGCUGCUAAUGUCAAUAUUGUGAAUGUGAGCCCAGCCGAGCCCCCCAUAGCAGAAGAGAACCUCAAUGACGGGGAGAAGACUUACGCUGGAGCAAAGUUCAGCGAACCUCCUUCCCCCAGUGUUCUGCCAAAGCCGCCCAGCCAUUGGAUGGGAGAGAAAGCCCCCGUACAUUCCGACAACAGCCGAGAGCAAAUGACUGUGCAUUUAAAGACUCUGCUGAAGGUCCAGGCAAAGCCAUGAAUUCAGUUUAUUUAGGUAGUUUUUUAAAAUUGGAAUCAAUUAAAAAGAAAAAAAAAAAGAUUUCUUGUUGAAAAUUGGCACUGAAGACAAAAUUGAAAAGGACUGGAAACAAACCAUGUUGCAACAGAAAGUUGAGUUUUUGGACUGCAGUUAGAUUUCUACACAUUUGUGCUGAACAGCGGCCUUGAUGUGUUAAAAUGAAUUUUUAACAAACUUGUGUAAAUGUAAAUAUUGUAAAAACAUGUAAUAUUUGUGUAUAUUUUUCAUGUUAUUUUAACAAAAAGUAUAGUUUUGUUACUGAAGCUAAACAAAUGUACACCACGAGUUGGUGCACUUUAUAUACUGUUCCAUCAUUAGACGGCAAUACCCAUCAGGGCGCACAAAGUAAGAAACGGCUGUCUUUCUUACAGAUUUGCACAUGAGUGAAAACCAACACAAGUUCUUAAGUGUAGAGCUGACAGCAAAUUGUGGCCAAGGUGAUUUUGUGAAACCUGGUCCACUAUGAAUGGCUGCUAUUGCCUGAAUGCACUGCAGUGUAUCCCCAAAUUUGGUAGUCUCAGGGGAGUCCAAAAAGUUGAAGCGACAAUUUGAAAGUAUCAAAAACAAAAAAAAAUCAAGAACCCUCGAUCAUGGAUGAAACUGCCUGGACAAAAAAAUAUUGAAAUUAUCAUCACUGACUUUUUUUUUCUGAUGAAAACUGGCAUUCUUAUUCCAUAUUAAAGCAAUGAGAUUCAUUUAAUUAGAGAAGAAAUUAGACCGUUAGAAUAUGAUCAAUUACAGUGUGUCCACAAAAGUAUUUUCUAAAAGGGACCGAUGUGCAUUUAUAUUGAACACCCCCUCCCUGCCAAAUAUAAAAAGGCAGCUAUCUUUUCAUCUAGUUAAAUUGCACAGAUGGAGAAAAGACAAUUCAGUGCCAAAAAUAAUGACCUUUUGUUGCAACAAUGGUUUCAUUAAACAUUCCAGUUCCAAAAAAAAGAAAAAUCCUUAAAAGAAGCAUGGUUACAUCCCAUAAUAAUUAGACAGCUAUGUGUGGUGUGUAUGCUCAUAUGGAUGUCAUAUAUGUAUACAUAAACACAAACUCCAAACAAAUUACUGAAAUUAAAACCUAUUCGGCCACCCCCAA